AUGGAGAUCCUCCUUCGCUCCGCCCUCUCGCCAGUCGUUGUUGGUCCGGCGAGACUACUGACGCGGCCCGUAUCCUCUGCCCUCCACCAUAUGUAUCCAUCGAUCUCGAAUCUUCAGUCAGCGAAGUCCGCCUCGGUCAAGGACGGGGUACAUUUGAACCGUUUCAUCAUUCUCUCACAAUGCUUUGCUAGAAGUGGCUCGUCGGAGAUGGCCUCACUUUCCAGGUAUUUCCUUGCAUGA